GACUAUCUUUUUAUAGUAUGUUUUCUGGAUCUGCUUCUCUGCUUUGUGAUGUCGUGCCAUCUGGGAAGGUUGCAACUAUGCUGCCAGAUGCAAAGAACCACCCAAGACACAUCACGGUUGAGUUUGAACCCAUUAGUUGUAGUUGGAAUUUUUCUGCGUUAUCAGUCAAUUAGCUGCACUGCAGCGCUCUCUGUCUCCUUCCCUCUCUCUCUCUCUCUUAUUUUUAAUUUCAGCGACCUGAGGACUGCUUAUAGGCAGCCACUACUUAUCAAGUCUGGCCUGCAUAAUCACAUGACAUCAAUUGUUGGCUCCAGUUCAGGACUGUGA